AUAAUUUGGGACGGAGGAGGAGUACAUUAUAUACUCUGAACUGUGUAGGGUAGUUACCCUAUCCAUUCCCCCCACGUUAAUCAUUUUCAAUCAAUUAGCCCCACAUAAUACCUAUAAUAACCUUUUGAUCCUCUUUUGGAAGAGGACGAUCAAGAAGAUAAUGAUGAGGAGGUUGUGGCCAAGGUGGGAGACGCCGGAAGAAGAAGGGCUUUACACCGUGUUUGAAAUGCCCAUUCCGCCGGAACAAAUUUUCUACUCAUCCUUGCCUACUAAUCACAAGAAUGUGAACUCCAUUAUUUCCGGCGAAAAAGCUUCUGAUUCCGGCGAUGAAAUCCAGCUCCUGCUCGGCGUCAUUGCCGCUCCUCUCAUCUCUCAUCCAAUCUUCUCCCCCCGCUCCGCCACCAAGAUCAUCAAUGUUUAUCCCUUUGAGAUGUCAAUGGCUCAGUAUAUAGUGCAACAGUACAUUGCCGCGGCCGGAGGAGACGAUGCUCUGAACUCCAUUGCUAGUAUCUACGCUAUGGGUAAGGUCAAGAUGGCGGCGGCAGAGUACACAUUCUGUGAGGGGGAAGAUGCCGCCGGUUCGGAGAAGAGGUUGAGAAAGACGAGGGUCAAGAAUGACGGAGGGAUCGGCGGCUUCGUGGUGUGGGAGAAAAGGCCGAAUCUUUGGAGCCUGGAGAUGCUGGUCUCCGGCUGCAAAAUCGCCGCCGGCAGCGACGGGAAGGUGGUGUGGCGGCAAACGCCGUGGGACAGAUCCCACGCUUCCCGCGGCCCGCCCCGGCCUCUCCGUCGCACAUUACAGGGGUUGAACCCCAUGUCGACGGCGGCUCUGUUUUCCAAAUCCACCUGCUCCGGCGAGACCUCCGCGAACGGAGAGGACUGCUUUGUGUUGAAGAUUGAAACAGAGGACGCCGUUCUGAAGGCGAGGAGUACUCAUAAGCUGGAGAUAGUCAACCACACGGUCCGGGGGUAUUUCAGUCAAAGAACCGGCCUGCUCGUCCGGCUCCGGGACACCCAGACCAUGAGAAUCAGGUCGCCGGGAAACGAUGACGUCGCCUGGGAGACGAGCAUGACGUCGACGAUCGGUGACUACCGUCCUUUUAACGGAGUCAACUUCGCUUACGGCGGAAGAACUGUGGUUUCCCUGUGCCGGAUCGGCGGGAACUCGAGAGGUCGCCGCGCCGUGACGGCGAUGGAAGAGGUGUGGAGCAUCGAGGAAGUGGACUUUAACGUUAAGGGGCUCUCUGUGGACUUUUUCUUGCCCCCCGCUGAUUUGAAUAACAGAGAAGAAUGAAUGAAAAUUGAAAAAAAAAAAACAAUAAGUAAUGAAAAUUUAAGAAAUCCAAUAAAGUCCAAUUUUUAUUAUGAAAUUGUGUCCUUUGCAAUUCUGCGCCAAUAAUUUUUGUUUCAAAUUAUUCAGUCAAAUCUUUGUGGAUUUCAUCUCCACUCGAUUCAGAUCAUCUUCUCUUGUGAUCAAUCAAAAUCAAAAUAGUAAAUGACAAUUGAAUUG